GCGCGCCGUGGAGAGCAGGCUGCUGCCAUGUCCUACUGAGCCCCCGUGCCCCCUGCCAAGUAUGUUUGGGCUGGACCAGUUCGAACCCCAGAUCAACAGCAGGAACGCUGGCCAGGGCGAGAGGAACUUUAACGAGACCGGACUGAGCAUGAACGCCCACUUUAAGGCCCCCGCCUUCCACACCGGGGCCCCCCCUGGCCCCGUGGACCCUGCCAUGGGCACGCUGGGCGAGCCCCCGCUCUUGGGCAUGAACAUGGAGCCCUACGGCUUCCACGCGCGCGGCCACUCGGAGCUGCACGCCGGGGGCUUGCAGGCGCAGCCCGUGCACGGCUUCUUCGGCGGCCAGCAGCCCCACCACGGCCACCCGGGAGGCCACCACCCCCACCAGCAUCACCCCCACUUCGGAGGCAACUUCGGCGGCCCGGAUCCGGGGGCCUCGUGUCUGCACGGGGGGCGCCUGCUGGGCUACGGGGGCGCAGCCGGCGGCCUGGGCAGCCAGCCGCCCUUCGCGGAGGGUUACGAGCACAUGACGGAGAGCCAGGGCCCGGAGAGCUUCGGCCCGCAGCGACCCGGAAACCUCCCGGACUUCCACAGUUCGGGCGCCUCGGGCCACGCCGUGCCCGCCCCGUGCCUGCCGCUGGACCAGAGCCCCAACCGGGCCGCCUCGUUCCACGGCCUGCCGGCCUCCAGCGCCGCCGAUUCCCACAGCCUCGAGCCGCGGAGGGUCACGAACCAAGGAGCCGUCGACUCGCUGGAAUACAAUUACCCGGGCGAGGCGUCCUCGGGACAUUUUGACAUGUUUUCCCCCUCCGAUUCCGAGGGGCAGCUGCCUCAUUACGCAGCGGGUCGCCAGGUCCCGGGGGCCGCCUUCCCGGGUGCCUCGGCCAUGCCCAGAGCGGGGGGCAUGGUGGACUUGUCCAAAAUGCACGCCCAGCCACCGCAGCAGCCGCCGGCGCAGCAGCAGCAGCAGCAGCAGCAGCAGCAGCACGGCGGGUUCUUCGAGAGGUUUGGAGGGACCCGAAAGAUGCCGGUGAACCUGGAGCCGGGGGUGGGCUCCAGGCACCCGCUGAUGCAGCCGCCCCAGCAGGCCGCGCCGCCCCCCCAGCCGCCGCCGCCGCCGCCGCCGCCCCAGCCGCAGCCGCCGCCGCCCCCCGGGCUGCUCGUCCGGCAGAAUUCGUGCCCGUCCGCGCUCCCGCGGCCCCAGCCGGGAGAGGCGGGCGCCCCGCCGGGCGCCGGCCUGCAGGACGGGGGCCCCAUGUUGCCCGGCCAGCACGCGCAGUUCGAGUAUCCCAUCCACCGGCUGGAGAACCGGAGCCUGCACCCUUACUCCGAGCACGUUUUCAACCUGCAGCCGCCGCCGCCGCCGCCGCCGCCGCAGGCGCCCAGCCAGCGGCUGCAGCACUUCGACGCGGCCCCUUACAUGAACGUGGCCAAGAGGCCGCGCUUCGAGUUCCCGGGCGGCGCGGGCGUGGAGCGCUGCGCGGCGUGGAGCGGCGGCGGCGGCGCCGGCGGCGUGCACGGCGGCGGCGCCCUGGACAACCACCUCUCGCCCUCCGCCUACCCCGGCCUCCCCGGCGAGUUCACCCCGCCCGUGCCGGACAGCUUCCCCGCCGGGCCCCCCUUGCAGCACCCGGCCUCCGAUCACCAAUCCCUGCAGCAGCAGCAGCAGCAGCAGCAACACCAGCAGCAGCAGCAGCAGCAGCGCCAAAACGCGGCCCUCAUGAUCAAACAGAUGGCGUCCCGGAACCAGCAGCAGCGGCUGCGCCAGCCCAGCCUGGCCCAGCUAGGCCAUCCCGGCGACGUGGGGCCCGGGGGCCUGGUGCACGGCGGCCCGGUGGGCGGCCUGGCCCAACCGAACUUUGAGCGCGAAGGCGGCGGCGGCGGCGGCGGCGGGGGCCGGCUGGGCGCCUUCGAGCCGCCCAUGGCGCAGGAGAGCGCGUGGUUCCCGGGCCCGCACCCGCCGCCCGGGGAUCUGCUGCCCCGCCGCCUGGGCGCCUCGGGGCUGCCGGCCGACUGCGGCCCGCACGACCCCGGCCUGGCGCCCCCCGCCCCGCCCGGGGGCUCCGGGGUGCUGUUCCGGGGCGCGCUGCCGGAGCCGCUGCGGAUGCCGGGCGGGGAGGGUCCCGGGCCCGCGCUGGCCUCGCCGGGGCUGCAGUUCGGGGGCGGCCUGGCGGGGCUGGGGCAGCUGCAGUCUCCCGGGGCCGGGGUGGGGCUGCCCGGCGCGGGCCCCGAGCGCAGAGCCCCGCCGCCGCCGCCGCCGCCGCCGCCGCCGCCUCCGGAUUUCGCCGGGCCGGCGCUGGGGGCUCAGCCGGGCUUCCCGUUCGGCGGCGGGGCGAGCCGGCCGGCCCCGGCGCACGGCGGCCCCGGCGUGAACUCGCCCCCGAGCGCGGGCGGCGCGGGCGGCGGCGGCGGGGGCGCGUACCCCCCGCAGCCGGACUUCCAGGCGGGCCCGCGCUCCUCGGCCAGCAAGCUGGGCGCGCUCUCCCUGGGCUCCUUCAGCAAGCCCAGCUCCAAGGAUAACCUGUUCGGCCAGAGCUGCCUGGCCGCGCUCUCCACCGCCUGCCAGAACAUGAUCGCCAGCCUGGGGGCCCCCAACCUCAACGUGACCUUCAACAAGAAGACCCCGCCCGAGGGCAAGAGGAAACUGAGCCAGACCGAGGGCGAGGGCGCGGCGCCGGGGCCCGGCCACCCGGGCUCGGAUUACUUCCCGGGAGGGACCCCGGGGCCCGGAGGAGCCCCGCCGGGGACCGGAGGCGGCGGCGGCGGCGGCUCCAAAGCCUCGGGCCCGUGCAACCCGUCCAGCCAGGGGGACGGCACCAGCCUGUCCCCCAACUACACCCUGGAGUCCACGUCGGGGAACGACGGCAAGCCGGUCCCCGGGGGCGGCGGCCGGGGGCGAGGCCGCAGAAAAAGGGACAGUGGGCACGUGAGCCCGGGGACCUUCUUCGACAAGUACUCGGCGGCCCCGGACGGCGGGGGCGGCCCCGGGGUGAGCCCGGGACAGCAGCCGCCGCCGCCGCCACCCCCCGGCCCGGGCGCGGCCGUCGGGGGCGGCGCGGCGGGGGAGGCGCGCGGGGCGCCCACGCCCCACGAGAAGGCCCUCACGUCGCCGUCGUGGGGCAAGGGGGCCGAGCUGCUCCUGGGGGACCAGUCGGACCUCAUGGCCACCCUGGACGGCGCGGCCAAGUCGGACGGGAGCUCCCCGCCCGUGGGGGAGUUCGCCUCGGAGGAGGUGAGCACGAGCUACACCAACGAGGACGAGGUGUCGUCCAGCUCCGACAACCCCCCGGCCCUGGCCAAGGCCGGCCGCAGCCCCCUGGUGACCGGCUCCCCUAAACUCCCGGCUCGGGGAGUGGGCGCCGGCGAGCUGGGACCGAAGGCGGCGCCGCCCGCCCUGGGCCUGGGCAUCUUGUCUACCUCUACCUCCACCCCUGACAGCUACGGCGGCGGCGGCGGCGGCGGGCCGGGGCACCCGGGCACCCCGGGCCUGGAGCAGGGCCGGACCCCCACGAGCAGCGGGGCGCCGCCGCCCGAGGAGGUCCACCCCCUGGAGAUCCUCCAGGCUCAGAUCCAGCUGCAGAGACAGCAGUUCAGCAUCUCCGAGGACCAGCCCCUGGGGCUCAAGGCCGGCAAGAAGGUGGAGUGCCCGGGCGUCGUCGGGGCUCCGGGGGCGCAGGGCGGAGGUGGCGGCGGCGGCGACAGCUGCUGCUCCGAGGCCGUCAAGAGCGCCAUGAGCACCAUCGACCUGGACUCGCUCAUGGCAGAGCACAGCGCCACCUGGUACAUGCCGGGGGACAAGGCCCUGGUGGACGGCGCGGACGACGACAAGGCCCUGGCACCCUGGGAGAAGGCCAAACCCCAGAACCCCAACAGCAAAGAAGCCCACGACCUCACAGCCAGCAAGGCCUCAGCCCCACAGCCCGGCAGCCACUUGCAGUGCCUGUCUGUCCACUGCACGGACGACGUGGGAGAGGCCAAGGCCCGCGCCCCCGUGCCCACCUGGCGGUCCCUGCACUCGGACAUCUCCAGCCGCUUCGGGACAUUCGUGGCAGCUCUGACUUGAAGGGACAAGAACCACCGCCCCUCCCCCAUCAGGCCCU